UUUGAUAUUCGCACGAGUUAAUCGAGUCCUAUAGCCAAACAUUUGAAACAAUAAACAGAACAAUAUCUGAGAAAAAAGCAAAUUCUCUUCAAUCAAAUAAUGACUAAUCUUCGACCAUUCAAAUUGGACGAUUUAUUUCGUAUCAACAAUGUAAAUUUAGACCCAUUCACUGAAACCUACGGUUUAUCAUUCUAUCUACAAUAUUUAACCCAUUGGCCCGAAUAUUUUCAUAUAGCUGAAUCAUUAAAUGGUGAAAUCAUGGGAUACAUCAUGGGCAAAAUUGAAGGCACCGGUAAUAAUUGGCAUGGACAUGUAACCGCUUUGACUGUUGCCCCACAAUAUCGUCGAUUGAAUCUAGCUGCUAAACUAAUGUAUUGUCUAGAGUUGACAUCGGAAAGGAAACAAGCUUUUUUUGUUGAUUUGUUUGUUAGAAUUUCGAAUAAGAUUGCCAUUGAUAUGUAUAAAAAACUUGGCUAUAGUGUAUAUCGACAGGUAUUGGAAUAUUACACCGGGGAUCCGGAUGAAGAUGCAUAUGAUAUGAGAAAAGCUUUAUCUCGUGACAAACUUAAACAAUCAAUCAUCCCAUUGCCUCAUCCUGUCCGAAUUGAAGAUUUAGAAUAAAUAUUCCUUAAUUUAUGGCCUUGGUCUUCUAUCCAUUAUAAUGAUUCAUUCGGAAUUUUCCAAUCUUUAUUUUUAUUAUUUAUUUCCUAAAUUCGAAUAAAGAUGUCGCUUUUGAUGUA